CCUCAAAAAACCUCCAGGUACGCCUCUCGCGCCAUAUAACUCCCCACCCACCGCCCGGAGAUCCCUCCUCCUUCACUCCUUCAAUCCUCCACCCCAUCAACCGCCCCAAUCAACAGCUCUCCUCUUUUUCUGUUUCUUCCUUUUUUGAAAGAUACCCGGGGACUUCUAUUAGAAGCUUGCCCAUUUCAUUUUCCACCCCCUCCCCCCAGAGCUGGGAGAUUGAUUUCCUUGCUUUGCUCGACGCAUAGCGGGCGGUCAAUUGGGAUACGUUCUAUACAGACACACCUCCUCACACACACCCACAAUGGCUCGACGGUCGAGGGGCGCUCAGCGCUCCACCUGGAGCAUCGCUCUGUACCUUCUCCUCGUCCUGGUCGGCGGUCUGAUGCUGGCCCGGACAGCACGCGCCGACGACACAAAGGAAGCGGUCAAGGACGACUCUGGCAAGGUCCAGGGUCCUGUCAUUGGUAUCGAUCUGGGAACGACAUACUCUUGUGUCGGUGUCAUGAAGGGCGGAAAGGUCGAAAUCAUAGCCAACGAUCAGGGUAACCGUAUCACUCCUUCCUGGGUAGCCUUUACCGAUGAGGAACGCCUCGUUGGUGACGCCGCGAAGAAUCAGUACGCCAGCAACCCCCACCGGACCAUCUUCGACAUCAAACGUAUCAUUGGUAUGAAGUACAACGACAAGUCUGUACAGCAGGAUAUCAAGCACUUCCCCUUCAAGGUCGUCAAUAAGAGCGGUCAACCCCGCGUCCAGGUCGAGGUCCGUGGAGAGGAGAAGACCUUCACUCCGGAGGAAAUCAGCGCCAUGGUUCUUGGAAAGAUGAAGGAGGUUGCUGAGAGCUACCUCGGCGAGACUGUCAAGAACGCCGUCGUCACCGUCCCCGCCUACUUCAACGACGCCCAGCGUGCCGCCACCAAGGACGCUGGAACCAUCGCCGGCCUUAACGUUCUCCGUGUCGUCAACGAACCCACCGCUGCCGCUCUGGCGUAUGGCCUCGACAAGACCGACCAGCCCGAACGCCAGGUCAUCGUGUACGAUCUCGGAGGUGGUACUUUCGACGUCUCCAUCCUCACCAUUGAGGAGGGCGUUUUCGAGGUCCAGGCCACCGCUGGAGAUACACACCUCGGUGGCGAAGAUUUCGAUAACCGUGUCAUCAACUACCUCGCCAAGAAGUACAACAAGGCGAAGAACGUCGACAUCACCAAGGACCCCAAGACCAUGGGUAAGCUGAAACGCGAGGUGGAGAAGGCCAAGCGCACGCUCUCGUCGCAGAAGACGGCCAAGAUUGAAAUCGAAUCCUUCCACAAGGGCGAGGACUUCUCCGAGACCCUGACCCGCGCCAAGUUCGAGGAGCUCAAUAAUGACCUCUUCAAGAAGACGCUCAAGCCGGUUCAGCAGGUUCUGGACGACGCCAAGCUCACCAAGGACCAGAUCGAUGACAUUGUCCUCGUUGGUGGUUCCACCCGUAUUCCCAAGAUCCAGCAGAUGCUGGAGGAGUUCUUCGGAAAGAAGGCUCGCAAGGACGUCAACCCCGACGAGGCUGUCGCUUACGGCGCCGCCGUUCAGGGUGGUGUUCUCGCUGGUGACGCCGCCACGGGCCAGGUCAUCCUCAUGGACGUGAACCCUCUAACUCUCGGUAUUGAGACGACUGGUGGCGUCAUGACCCACCUCAUCAAGCGUGGUACCACCAUCCCCACCAAGAAGAGCCAGAUCUUCUCGACCGCCGCCGAUAACCAGCCCGUCGUCCUGAUCCAGGUCUACGAGGGCGAGCGCGCAAUGACGAAAGAUAAUAACCUUCUCGGCAAGUUCGAGCUCACCAACAUUCCUCCCGCGCCCCGUGGUGUUCCCCAGAUUGAGGUCACCUUCGAGCUCGACGCCAACGGUAUCCUCAAGGUGUCUGCUGUUGACAAGGGCACUGGAAAGUCCGAGACCAUCACCAUCACUAACGACAAGGGCCGCCUUUCCCAGGAGGAAAUCGAGCGCAUGGUUGAGGAAGCCGAGAAGUAUGCCGAGGAGGACAAGGCCAACCGCGAGCGCAUUGAGGCCCGCAACAAGUUGGAGAACUAUGCCUACAGCUUGAAGAACCAGCUCAACGACGACGAGGGCCUUGGUGGCAAGGUUGAGGAUGACGACAAGGAGACGCUCCAGGACGCCAUCAAGGAGGCGCAGGACUGGCUCGAGGAGAAUGCGUCGUCGGCGACGAGCGAGGACUUUGACGAGCAGUUUGAGAAGCUCUCGCAGGUGGCGUACCCCAUCACGUCGAAGCUGUACGGCUCGGCGGGAGGUGCGGGCGGCGAGGAUGAGGAGCCUACCCACGACGAGUUGUAGAGGGGGGUUUCUGUUUCUGCAAAAGUCCAUCUAGCACAUGACAUAUUAUCUUUGCAUGAGCGAGCCACGCUGGCUGGGGCAGACCGAGAGGUGCCCCUUGUACACUAUAGUUCUUGUUAGAGCGCAGAGUGGAGCCAUAGUCUAGACAGCGGGUGGUGAACUUGAACGGAGUCUGGGUAUGUUCAAUGUGAAAUGUUUUCCAAA